UGAGGGCACUUUCACUUUCCCCAAACAACCCCAAGUCUAAUGUGGUAAUGGUGAUGAGUGACGCCUUUGGAUGUGCAUGUACAGUAGAUUGAAAAGCAGGACUCUAACAAAAAGCUGGCUGUUCACGCUAAUGUGCAUGCAUUGGAUCCAGGAUUUUUCUAAGAAAGAAGAAGAUUGCUGAGAAGAACCCCAGGCUGGGGCAAUUUUCUGCUAAUAGGAGCACCAGUCUGGGGUUUCAGGAUGGAAGAUUAACCCUCCUUCCAGAAAAUAGCCUGGUGUCCCUUCCCUACAUAAACUUCAUGAAAAAACAUGGGGCCUUGUUUCUGAAUGCCUACACAAACUCUCCUAUCUGCUGUCCCUCCCGAGCAGCUAUGUGGAGCGGUCUGUUCCCUCAUUUAACAGAAUCCUGGAAUAACUACAAGUGCCUCGAUUCAGAUUACCCAACAUGGAUGGACAUAGUGGAAAAGAAUGGAUAUGUUACACAACGGCUGGGAAAACAAGAUUACAAAAGUGGUUCUCAUUCCCUCAGUAACCGUGUAGAAGCCUGGACUCGAGAUGUUCCAUUUUUGCUCAGGCAAGAAGGCAGGCCCUGUGCCAACCUUACUGGUAAUAAGACCCAGACCCGAGUUAUGGCACUGGACUGGAAGAAUGCAGAUACAGCUACAGCAUGGAUACAAAAAGCAGCUCAAAACCAUUCACAGCCCUUCUUCCUGUACCUGGGUUUAAAUUUGCCACAUCCAUACCCUUCAGAAACCAUGGGAGAGAAUUUUGGAUCGUCCACAUUUCUAACAUCUCCUUACUGGCUUCAAAAGGUGCCAUAUAAGAAUGUUACAAUUCCCAAGUGGAAACCAUUGCAAAGCAUGCAUCCAGUGGAUUAUUACUCGUCAUACACAAAGAACUGCACUGCACCUUUUACAGAACAAGAGAUCAGAGAUAUUCGAGCAUAUUAUUAUGCUAUGUGUGCUGAGGCAGAUGGCUUACUUGGUGAGAUUAUUUCAGCACUCAAUGAUACAGGACUUUUGGGUAGGACAUACGUGGUGUUCACUUCAGAUCAUGGAGAGCUUGCCAUGGAGCACCGACAGUUUUAUAAAAUGAGCAUGUACGAAGGAAGCUCCCAUAUUCCACUGCUAAUAAUGGGACCCAGAAUAAGUCCAGGACAGCAAAUAUCAACUGUAGUGUCACUUGUGGAUCUUUACCCUACAAUGCUUGAAAUUGCAGGAGUUCAGAUUCCACAAAAUAUUAGUGGAUAUUCCCUCAUGCCUUUAUUGUCUGCAAGUUCAAAUAAAAAUGUAUCGCCUUCUAUCAGUGUACAUCCUAACUGGGCGAUGAGUGAGUUUCAUGGAUCCGAUGCAAAUGCUUCAACCUACAUGCUUUGGGAUAAUUACUGGAAGUAUGUUGCAUAUGCGGACGGUGAUUCAGUUGCUCCACAGUUGUUUGAUUUAUCAUCUGAUCCAGAUGAGCUAACAAAUGUUGCAGGACAGGUUCCUGAGAAGGUUCAAGAGAUGGAUAAAAAGCUUCGUUCCAUUGUUGACUAUCCAAAAGUAUCAGCCUCUGUACAUGUAUACAACAAGCAGCAGUUUGCACUGUGGAAGGCAAGUGUAGGGGCAAACUACACAAAUGUCAUAGCUAACCUCCGGUGGCACGCAGACUGGAACAAAAGACCAAGAGCAUAUGAAAUGGCAAUAGAGAAGUGGAUUAAAAGCACACGCCAACAUUAAGAACUAGAUUAUUCUGCAAUAAUGGACAUUAUUCCUAACUGUUGGUUUUUGCAGUCCUUCUGUACUCAACUCUGUGUGCUACUUUGUUGUGUGGCAGUCAUUGUUAAGUACAGAAAAAAAGUACUUUUCCAAUACAUACAGAACUCAAGAUAAAGUACAA